AUGGCAGGCCUGGCUGAUUCGGAUGACGAUGACGACGACCUCAUCAUGGACGUCAGAGGCAAAGGGAAAGAAGUUGUGAGGCCGACCAAGAUAGUCACUCCCGUCAAGCCGCGCCACGCAGCGGUGUCAGCAACUCCUGUUGUAAUGAUUGAAGACAGCGAUAGUGAUGACGCCCUGGACAAGAAGCCGGUCAAAGCUGACCUGGACAGCGACGAUGAUUCCGAUAUCCAGGAAUUCAGUCCCUUCGAGAAACAAGAGUCGCCCGACAGCCACGACGACGAGCUGCAAGAAAUGAUACGCAAGCAGCGAGAGAAGCUCGGAAGGGUCAAGGAAGAUCUCGUGGUGCAUAUCUAUGUCGAUUCUCCCAUUCCGAACAUGAAGCCGAUUCUAGUCCGGCGAAAGGCAAAGCAAGACAUGGCACCCAUCAUACCCACCUGGAUCGCAAAACAACGGGAAAUAGGCCUGGACAUUUCCAGCGAAGAACUCAGCCUUUUUGUGACCUGGAAGAACAACAAGAUCUACACUCCGAACAGCGUUGCUUCGCUCAAUCUCGACAUAGAUGAGGAUGGCAAUAUCGUCUUUGGUGACGGGGAGGGCUACCGUAUGUUGAGACAGGGUCCAGCGCUCCAUAUGCAAGUUUGGGAUGAGGAUAAUUACAAGGACUUCCAGCAGUGGAAGGACAAAGAAAGAUCAGUCAGAUACGGUCUCGUUGAUUUGACCGAGGCAGAUGAUGCGGAGCCUGUUCCCGAGGAGCCAAAGAAGAAGGGGAUCAAAGUGGUCCUCAAGGCCAAGGAUCUCGAACCGCUUAAACUGUCCGUGCAAGAGGAUACCACGGUGGGGACCAUGAUUGAGGCGUUCCGUCAGAAACGAGCAGUUGGUGACGCGUGGCAGGUUUCGAUAUGGCUUGAGGGAGAUGAGCUGGAGGAGGAUGCUUUAGUGAAGGAUACUGACAUUGAUCCCGAUGAGCCGAACCAGUUUGAGGUUCAUAUGAAGAAGUAG